GUCAAGGAUCUAUUGUUCAAGAUAUCCCAUACUUUGUUCUCUAUUCCUCCCGACCUCCUGUCUACUGAUCUGUCCAAAAACAUUGGCCAGUUCAGGCAAUACGUGGACAAUGUUUUGCCUGUCCUGGCCAUGUUGUGCUGCUGCGGAUUUUGCCAGCGAAACUUCUAUCACAGAAGAGCAUGCUGAGUUAGUAGAUGAAGACAUCCCAGUUCUUCAAGCAGAAAGUAAAGAAACAGCGACGGAGGGUUAAGCAAGUAGCAGCGGCUGUUGAUCCUGCCCUGUUUUUCAGACUUGGGGUUCCUGUGCCCACUACGAAUGAAGCAGCGAGACGAAUGGCCAACGACAUCGCGGAGAAGUUAAAACUGGAUUUAGACUCCUAUCUGAGUGCACUCUCAAGCCCUGAACUUGCGAUGCCCCUGAAGAACGCCUAUGUUCAACUUUUAUCUGAUCACAGUACCAGCGAGCGUCCUCGAACCGUAGUGAAGCCAUCCACCUCCAUUGUCGUGGAAACUCAGCCAUCAGCGUACCCAACGGUUCAACCAAUGAAGGCUGCCUUGUACUUCGAUAGUGCAGACGGUUUCGGGGAAUGGAGAAUUCUGAUCGGGACGAAUGCGACGAAGAAAUUGAGGGAAUUUCGCAGGAGCGACGGGAAUAAGUUCAAGAUCGUAGUCAAGAAGAUCAAAGAACUUUCGAAUGGCCAUUUUUCAGAUGAUAACCAGAAGAGAUUGGAUGGAGCUCGCUCUGGCGUGCCCAUCUUUGAAGCGAAGAUGCAACGAGAUUUGCGGCUUGUGUAUCAAAUCGACUGUGUUCCAGACCAUAAUGGCGAAAUCGAGCGACAAGCCAUAAAGAUAUAUGAGAUAUGCACCCAUACUCAACUUAAUCGCAUUUGGGAUGCGAUGAAUCACCACUUGUCCGGCAAAGGCAAAGAGUAUAUACAACGAUGCACGUACAGAAACCCACCUGUCCAUCCCGGAGAUAAGGUGUACUUGCCUGCUGUAUUCCCACCCGAGGUACACGACGUGGUCGUCAAGCCCCUACCACUGGCCCUUGGUGACCAAGAAAUGGAUCAACUGCAUUCCCUCCUCGUCCUUGACAAAUACAUCACCUUCUCUCAGGCCCUAAUUAACGGUUUAAUUGCGAUGAAGGACGUCCAGCAUGUAUUUGAACUCAGUCCACAGGAGCGCAAGAUCGUCGAAUGCACCACAUCAUGUUAUGUUUUGGGUCGAAGUGGCACGGGGAAAACAACAACCAUGCUCUUUAAGAUGUUGGGAAUUCAGAGGGCAUGGCAACUUCAUUCUGAAGGCUCUGGCAUGCCCCGACCAAGGCAGAUAUUUGUCACGAAGUCUCAUGUCCUUGCAACCAAAGUAGAGGAGUACUUCGUGAAGCUCCUGGACUCCCUUUCACUGGCAGGAUAUACGCUGGACGAGCUUGCAAUGUUGAAGUCGAGAAACAUGUACCGAGGACUGGUUGAUAAUGACGAUGUCCCGGAUGCUCAAAGUGGCAUUCCACAGAGAUAUAGUGAACUCGAGGACCACCACUUCCCUUUAUUCUUAACGUUUGACCGGCUGGUGAGGAUGAUAGCAGCAGAUAUCUUGAAUACAGAUCAUCCAGGGGCUGAACGUGCAACAAGACUGUUUGCGCGUUCCCAAGACCCGGAGGUCCUUGACUCCUUCGUUACCUAUGAAGUUUUUGUCCACAGGUAUUGGCCCCGGUUGGCUCAUCUUACAAAGUGUCUGGAUCCAUGGCCGGUGUUUGGGGAGAUUAUGGGCAUCAUCAAAGGCUCAGAAAUGUCACUUCAAUUUGAUAGUGGAACGCUGGAUAAGAACACUUACUGUAGUCUCUCAUCACGCACAAACCCCACGUUCUCUGAUCAAAGAGAAUGUCUUUAUGCUCUAUUCGAAGCCUACUCCAGACUGAAGCGUCAUCACCAACAUCACGAUAUUGCAGACCGGACACAUGCAGUUCUCAAAGUUCUACUAGGCGGUACGCCGUUGAAAGGGCCUCGAGUGGAUUUUCUCUAUGUAGACGAAGCACAAGACAACUUGCUCAUAGAUGCUCUUCUUUUGCGCCUUACAUGCAGCAAUCCGGAAGGCCUGUUCUGGGCAGGUGAUACUGCUCAGACCAUUUCUGCUGGAAGCUCGUUUAGGUUUGACGAUUUGAAGGCAUUUCUAUAUCGCAUUGAGGUGGACCAAGCCUCCCACGUUGUGAGGGAGCGGGCUGUUGCCCCGCCGGCAUCAUUCCAGCUUGCCAUCAACUACCGGUCCCAUGGCGGCAUAGUAAAUUGCGCGCACUCAGUGAUCGAGUUGAUUGCACGCUUCUGGCCGAAUAGUAUCGAUUCCCUCCAGCCCGAACGUGGCGUCGUUGACGGUCUGAAACCGGUUUUCUUCACUGCAUGGGAUAAGGAUACUGUUCGUUAUGAGCAAUUCCUCUUCGGCACAUCUGACAGUCACAUUGAAUUUGGCGCAGACCAGUGUAUUCUUGUACGCGACGAGAAGGCUAAAGAGAAGCUCCAACAGCAAGUGGGUAAUAUUGGAGUAAUCAUGACCCUUUAUGAGAGCAAAGGUUUGGAGUUCAAUGAUGUCCUACUAUACAACUUUUUCGAGGAUUCAACGAUGGAUCUAUCGCGCUGGCGUUUGGUGCUUGCCGCCAUCGAUGGUGUAGUCGAGGGCUACAAACCUUGCCAACUACAAGCGCCUUGUUUUGAAAGGGAUGAAACCCGAUAUGUGGGAUUGUGUAGAGAGCUGAAGCUCUUAUAUGUGGGAAUAACAAGAGCACGUAAGAACAUGUGGAUUGUCGACACAUCGGACAAAGGCGAGCCUAUGAGGAUAUUCUGGACAUCUCGAUCUCAAAUCCAAAUUUGUACGCCUGAGACCGAUGUCUCACAUCUCGCUGUAUCGUCUACCCCUCAAGAAUGGGCAGAAUCUGGUCGCUCGUUGUUCCAGCACAAGCGAUACACACAAGCGAUGCAUUGCUUUGGGCGUGCCAACAUGCCCCGUGAAGUGAGAGUUGCCGAAGCGUACCAUUUCCGAGAGCUCGCUCGCGCAACAAUUGGGAUUGCUCUGCCGAGCGAGCAAUGUCGAGCGUUUGCCAAAGCGGCAGAUGCGUUUGUCAGUUGUGAUGGGGAGGCACCUGGUGAGAAGCUGCAGUACUACCGUGCAGCUGCGGAGUGCUACGUUCGCGCCGCCGAGGAUCGUAAGGCGGCCGAUGCAUAUCUGAGUGCUGAGGAGUAUGAACUAGCAGCCAAGUGCUACCGCAAGGCUGGCAUAUUUAACAAGACAGUCGAUGUUCUCAAAUCCCAUUCGGAAAAGAUGUCACGUGAAAGUGCGGAUGAGUUGCUUACAGUGUGUCGACUGUACUACUGCAGUAAGGAUGACGAAAAACCACCGUCGUCUCUUUUCUCCUCCCUCGAAGAAAAGCUAGCUUUCCUCGAGACUUAUGGCUUGGAUGUCGCACUUGCGGUGCUCUACGAGUCUCAGGGAAGAUAUGUCGAAGCUGCAGAACUGCAUCUGAGUGAAGCAUGCUGUGAGGCGCGCAGCUGACAUAUUGCUGGGAUGUCUCUGGGAGCAUUGCUCAUUCGGAGUGGCGCCAAAGGAAUUCCAUACGGGAAUACCAAAAACCCUUAUCUCGUUAAGCUAUCAGCUCCCCUUGGAUCUUUUGCCUCUUCGAGUCCGUGACGAAAUCAAGAUGUUUCCAAACUGUUGCUGCUGCUGAAGAACUUGACCGUACAACGCUGGAAGAGCUGGCAGCAGUCCUUCAUAGGGCGGGAGGAAGAUACGUCUGCCUCUUGGUGUCUCAAUCACGUUUUUUU